GUGCUGUGUUGGCAAGCCGUGAUCUGGCCACCCCUAUACUCAUCGUCCAGACUAUGGACAUUCCACAGUUCACUGCUACUGACACACCCUCUCCCUGACUGAAUCGCUAAUAAUUAUGUCGACCGACAGCUCGUCCAGCCCGUCGAAUUGGGUUACGGGUAGUUACACGGGUAACAGCGAUGGCCUUCGCAUCACGAUCACCACCUUCGUGGUGAUCGCCUGGUAUAAUUCCAUUGAGUUACUGGUUCUCAUCUUCUCGAUCUUCAAGCAGUAUAAAGGGAUUUACUUUUGGAGUUUGCUGAUUUCGACCGCGGGGAUCCUCCCCUACUCGAUCGGCUUUUUCAUGAAAUUCUUUGAUCUGACGUCAGCAAUCUGGGUCUCGUUGACACUUGUCACGGUUGGGUGGUGGACCAUGGUGACCGGGCAGUCAUUCGUACUUUACUCAAGACUACACUUGGUUGUUCAAAACACACGGGUGUUGAAUUUUGUCUGCGGCAUGAUCAUUGCCAACGUCUUUCUCCUGCAUAUACCGACCACCGUUUUGACAUACGCUGCCAAUUACAUGCAGUCGUACAAAUACCUGCAUGCGUAUAAUAUCAUGGAGAGAGUCCAAGUCGCGGGAUUCUGCGCCCAGGAACUGAUCAUCUCGGGUAUCUACAUAUGGGAAACUACGCGCAUGCUGAAACUGAACCCCAACCGAGACAACCGUAACAUCAUCUUACAGUUAUUUAUGAUGAACAUGGUCUGCAUCCUGAUGGACAUUGCUCUGAUCGCAGUAGAAUGCGCAAACUACUACAUCUACCAGACCACGCUGAAGGCUACCGUGUACAGUAUCAAGCUGAAGAUCGAAUACGGAGUCUUGAACAAAUUGAUCUACAUUGCGAAGCAAUCCGCAGGAAGGCCAUUAGAGGAUCCCUAUAUUGAGUUGAACCGACUCAGCCCCAAUGCCAACUCUGAUACUACGCGCACAACAACGCAAUCCAAGCCGCAUCGUUCCAGUAUAGAGGAUAUCAGCUUCCGUCUACGUUCACUUGUAGCCUCACCACAUUGCCGCCAAGACCGGUGAAGGUAUCGUCAAUCGGCUCAGUCCAACUACAACCCUUUUCCAUGGACUGCUGCCAAGCCUUUUCCACCACUACUCCACGCAUUAUUGAAACCAUUCCUCCAAUUCUGCGCUGCGGCCGAUUCCUACGGAGUCGCAACGAUUCCGUGAGCCGACACGAUUUAUCUCACGCUGAUUGACGAUGCCUUCGCCCUCGGAAUCGCUGGAACUGUAGAGCUCACUAUACCAUUGGAAUUGUACCCAGUUGGUGUUCUCGUGUGUGAGACCUUUCAAGCGAAAAG